AUGUGUCAUGUUACAGCUGGAGAUAACGACGUCCAACGGCUAGAAGAUAACCUGCUGACGGAGUUGCCGCCUGCUAUCCACCUACUACCAAUGUUAGAAGAUUUGUCAUUAGCAAACAACAGAAUAGAGGAGGUCGCUGUGGGGUUGCAGCAGAGUGGACGGCUGACCCGUCUGGAACUUCGAGGGAAUCCCCUUUCUCGGCUUCACCCACAGGCGGUUGAACACCUGCCCAGGCUAACCACACUAAUUCUAUCAGAAGCCCGUGGUCUACUUGGUAUUCCAUCGCUGAACGGGUCUACACGUCUCCGGACGCUCCGAGUGGACCGUGCAAGACUCACCAAGCUGCCAACCCAUUUAUGUGCCCAUGCUCCUCAACUACGAGCACUAGAUAUAAGAUCAAACCAACUGGACGAAGUACCUGAUCUUCACGAAUGUUCUGAACUUCGGGUCCUGGAUAUGUCGGAUAACAAAAUAACGACAAUUGGGAAUGGGGCGUUGCGUGGUCUGCGACGCCUUCAUGACCUGAUGCUGGCCAGGAACCGCAUCAAGAAGAUACCAUCUGAUGCAUUCUUGCAAACCAGCCGACUUCAAUUACUUGACCUGGAAGACAAUCAAAUCGAUCACAUAGACUUGGAGGCUUUCGUCCCGAUCACUAAAUUGGAAGACUUGAAUGUAGGCAACAACGUGUUCCCCAGUCUCCCAGCCAGUGGUCUGCAGAAGCUACUCCACUUGAAGGCCCACAAUAAUCCAAAUUUACGCCGCUUCCACCCUCCAGAACUCUUCCCCAGGAUACAAACCCUGGUCCUCUCCUACGCUUACCACUGCUGCGAGUUCCUUCCACUAAUGGAGGAGACGGGAAGUGGCGAGGAAUGGGAGAGAGAAGGAUUCAGUGACCUGGUGCUGCUUCCUCCAGCCCAUGUGGACUUAGCUGCCUGGGCGAAUGCAACGGACAUAUGGCCGCAUUAUUUAAACGCAACAGGCGAAGGUGGCUCUCGUCUACCGGCAGCUGGAACCUGGAGUGGCGUUGAGGUUCGUUCAGCUGGAAGACAAGUUCGCUGCUUACCACUACCAGGACCAUUUCUUCCAUGCGUGGACCUUUUUGACUGGUGGACACUUCGGUGCGGUGUAUGGGCUGUGUUCCUCCUCGCGUUAUUGGGGAAUGGUACCGUGGUGUUCGUCUUGGUGUUUAGCAGAAGCCGUAUAGACGUUCCAAGAUUCUUGGUGACGAAUCUGGCUGCCGCUGACUUCUUUAUGGGAAUCUAUUUGGGUUUCCUAGCGGUGGUCGACGCUGGCACUUUGGGAGAAUUCCGAUCCCACGCUAUCGCCUGGCAAAUGUCUGGUGGAUGUCGGCUCGCGGGAUUUUUAGGAGUGCUCUCUUCCGAACUCUCUGUUUACACCCUCGCUGUUAUUACCCUCGAAAGAAACUACGCGAUCACCCACGCUAUGCAUUUAAACAAGCGGUUAUCUCUCCGACACGCUGCCGUUGUAAUGGCGGCUGGAUGGGCCUUUUCACUGACAGCUGCUUCUUUACCACUGUUAGGUGUGUCGGACUAUAGAAAAUUCGCUGUCUGCCUCCCUUUUGAGACCAGUACACCCGUCUCCCUCACCUACGUGGUCGCUCUAUUGGUUAUCAACGGAAUCGCAUUCCUUGUCCUGCUAGGAUGCUACCUUAAAAUGUACUGCGCGAUCCGUGGAUCGCAGGCUUGGAACUCCAACGACUCUCGUAUCGCAAAACGCAUGGCUCUACUAGUUUUUACGGAUUUCUUGUGCUGGUCCCCGAUAGCUUUCUUCGCUUUGACUGCGGCUUUUGGAGCGCAAUUAGUAUCUUUGGAGGAAGCCAAAGUCUUCACUGUAUUUGUUCUGCCAUUAAACUCUUGCUGCAAUCCGUUUCUGUAUGCGAUUCUGACGAAGCAGUUUAAGAAGGACUGCGCUCUGGUGUGUAAAGCGAUUGAAGAGUCGCGAGUUACCCGAGGUAUAGGAAGGUGUAGGCAUUCGUCUAACUUCAGUAAUAGACAGACGCCGGCUAACACGAACAGUUUGGCGGAAAGGUCGUCUAGAGGACAGCACGGAACGACGUGUGCUUGCCGAAGACUGUUGCCAACAAGUGCUCCUGUUGUCAGUGAAACUAAUACAAAUACUGCUUCUGUAGAAGCGAACGGUGAGAGGCUCCUACGUUGGCUUCGAGCUUGUGGACGUCGAUCCACCACCCCUGCACCUCCUACUCCACGCCAAGUCCCGACAGCACCAGCCCGUACUGGUUCAGUGUCUUCUUCAGUAGAAUUCUCUUCGUCCCGCUCAGACUCUUGGCGGACGUACGGCCGUCCCCCUCCUCCACCACGGAAAGCCGCGUCCUGGCUCGUAGCCAGAAAAACCUCGCAGGACUCCAACCUGUCCUCUUCUCGUAAUGAUUCAUCUGGGUCCAACGCGACGGCAUCCACGGGAACUUGGAAGACGUCCAGAUCUGGCGGUAGCGCAACGACUACUGGUUCCAGACCUCGACUAACACGACAGCCAGCGAUUGUAGCAGAUGAGCCCCCAGCUUCACCUGUUGCUUUGCCACCACCACGACUUUUGCAUACCAUACCAUCAGCGGCUGAAACGGAGAUUCAGCCAGAAGAGUGUGACUUAAAAUAA